AGGACAGCGAAGCCGGUGGUUUGGGGAUCGGAGAGUUGGAGCGCCUGGCACGCAGGCUGGGCUGCAGCCAGUCUGCCAUCCUCCAAGCCGCGAGCAUCGACGUCUCGGUGGUGGCGGCACUGCCAGAGGACAUACGCGCCUCGGUAGUGAUGGCCGAAGUGUCACAAGCCAACCUGGACCACUUGCGGCGAACUCCCGAGGCAGCUUCCACGACCGCGCAGGCGGCGUCGGCAGAGAUUGACGCCGUGGUCUUGGAAGCCUUGCCACCUGAUAUCCGGGAGGAGGUUCUACGCGAAGAAGCUGCCAGACAACGAGAGCAGCAGGCAGCCACUGCUUCAGCUGAAGGCGCAGGUCGCGGGGCUGGCAGCAAUGAAUUGGACAACGCCUCCUUCAUUGCGUCCUUAGAUCCCAUGCUGCGGGAGGAAGUCUUGCUGAGCGCACCUGAGGAAGUCCUUCGGACACUCCCAGCAGAGCUGGUGGCGGAAGCGCAGCUGCUGAGGGAUCGCGCUUUUACACGCAUUGCACUCCGUCGCGACGUUCCACCGGCGGUGGGUCGCUUGCCGAUGGGUGGACCGCCUGCGCAGGAGAUCCCUGGACGUAGUGGCAAUGCCAACGUGGUGCUGGGCGAUGCAUCGACGCGACCCGUGCAGGCCUGGCCUCGACAACACUCGCACUUGUUGAUGAUCGAGCAGCAACUGUUGCACCACAACAACGGCAACGCAAGGAGAUGGUCGGGGCCAAUUGGCAUGCCUCGACAACCGCGUGUUCCAGGUGAGCCAUUGAGCACCGCUGGCGCCCUGAGCGCCUUCGAUGAGGCGGAUCAACAGCUGUUGAAAGUUUGCGACUUGGAUGAUACCACGGUGGACGUGCCCAUCUCGCCCAGUGUGGUGCCGGGCUUGUGCCGCUUGUUGUACUUGCGCACCGAGGUCUCGACAAUUCCCAUCACCCGGCUGUGCUUCAAUCUGUCCCUGCAUCCCACCACGCGUUCUGCGCUGCUGGGGCAUUUCCUCAUCCUGCUGUGUAAGCAGACGGAAGCAGACGCUCCGUUGGAUGCCCUGCCUCCGCCCUGUUUGUUUGAAGCCAUUGGAACGGAGGAUGGGUCACUGGAGGCUUGCCGCAGCCCUCUGGAAGUUCAAUCCGUUGGAUCGCAGAGGAUCCUGGCGAUGUUGGCGUAUUUGCUGCGCCGGGUGCCGCAGUGCGGGGAGUUCUUCGCGCACCAACUGCAAGGUGACUUUGGGACUUGGAGUCAGAGGAGCAAAGUGUCUGCAGAUCGAAAGAAGAAGUCGCGUUUGCAACCAGCACAGCUUCUGAUCAACGACCUCCCCAUGGCCAAUUUGCCUGGGAUGUGUUCGGUGAAUUUGCUGAUGCAGUUGGUCAACACCCGGCUCUACCUCUCCUCCUCCCGUCACGCCGCCUGGCUGCUGUCGGUGCUUCACGCGCUGCUGGUGCCGCAGCCCGACGGCCGCUCGGAGAACGGAAAGGAGUGUCAGAUUCCGGAGAAGCUGGUGGUUGAGAAAUGCUUCUCUGGCUGGUGCACAAAGAUGCAAGAGUUGAAGAAUAUGAGAAAUGAGAAGCUGAAGGAUCCUCCUGUGGAAGAUACUGAUGAAGCUCCUGCAAAAAGGCCACAGAUGGCAGAUGUGAUGGUGAAGUUGGAGGCCAAGAUGCUCUGUGCUGUAUUCAGAUUCCUUUUGCCAGACUGCUUGGAAGAGACAACCUCCAGGACAUACAAAAAGAGAGCUGCCAAGGAGGACAAGAAGGAGGAGUGGGCCACUGACUGCAAGGAAACUAUGGUGGAUGAUUCCAAUGAUGGAGAAGCUCCUGCUUCCAGUUCUGAUGGUUUGUUUGCAGACUAUGACCCAGUGACGCAGUACCCACCCCCUGGUUUCAAGUGGUGGCAUAGUGAGCUAGUGCCACUCACUCCAGAGGAGUCCCAGUUGCUGAAGGAGCACUUGCACCCUGAAUCUGUUAAGAAAUGGAAAUCAGGUUAG